GGUAUGAUGGUAUCCCCAAAUUAAAAUUUUGAUGAUGGAGUGCGCGGUAUAAAAGACAAUACGCUUGAUUAUAACGAAUUUAGUUGUACUAUAGGAAUUAAUUUUAUACAAUGCAUUGUAAAAAAGCAUAUAGAUUGUUAGCCAAUUGCUGAUUGGGGACCGAAGUAUAAUUACCGUGUGUUGUGGUGCGAGUGACGUUUUAGGUUAUACGAUUUUGAAUAAAGUUUAUAUUUUGAAGAAAUGGAUUCAGCACCAGCCCAAGAGGUGACGGAGCUCCUGAGGCAGUGGGAGGAGCAGCAUCAGUCGGCAAACUAUGACCCAAUACCGACUUUAACAAGGAUAGCGGAGAUAAUAGAAGCAGAGACGGAGAACUUCAUGAAGAAAGACCCGGACCCGUUCGACGAGCGGCACCCGUCGCGGACCGAUCCCGAGUGCGCGCUCGGGCACGCGCUCAAGGUCAUGUUCAAGAAGGACAACUUUAUGACUAAGCUAGUAAACGACUACGUUCGCGACACUUACUACUCGCGUCAGAACAUAACCGGGCGUGACGUGCUCAAGCUGAACAUAGCUGCCUGCCGCCUCACGCUCGAUCUUAUGCCCGGGCUCGAGAUGAGCGUCGUGUUCCAGGACAACGAGUCUCUCAUCCACCGCCUGGUCAACUGGGCCACCAACUCGCCCGAGCCGCUGCAGUGCUACGCGACCGGACUACUGGCGGCCGCCAUGGAGGUGCAAGAGAUUGCGACCAACUUCCGGGAUCUGAACGCUAUGUUGGUGCCGAGAAUGCUAAAGAGGCUACACGAAUUGAGAAACAAAACGCUGGAUGAUAAGCCUUGCCAGAACUCCGUCACGCCGCCGAGUCAAACUCGUCACUUCGCGCGAUUCGACAAGAAACGCAACCACGACCACAACGGGCGAAGCAACGGGCCCGCGCCCGACAAGAGAGACCGAGACAAAGACGAGGGAGGGGGAGGGGACAUGUUGGUGGAAGACGCGCCGCACCCGCGGGACCCAGAGACGCCCGUAAAAAACUUCAGCAAUUCAUCGAACGCAGCCUGCUCGCCGGAGCACUGGGGCAUGAUGUCGCCGCCGCCGCGCCCGCCGCCGCCCGCGCCGCUGCCGCACGAGACCUCCUCCAACUCCAGCUGGGCCGAGAUGGAGACCUACGUCAUCGGUAACAUACAAAUCCACCCUCCGACGGACGCGACGAAACAGAUGUUGAUAUUGCGUUAUUUAACACCCAUGGGGGAAUAUCAAGAGUUCUUAUCGCACGUGUUCGAACAAAACGCCCUCGGCCUGAUCCUUGGCUAUCUGAACGUGCGUGAGUCUCGCGACUCGCGGCUCGCGUUCGAAGCUCUCAAGUACCUCGCGGCGCUGCUGUGCCACAAGAAGUUCUCCAUCGACUUCAUCAACAUGGGCGGCCUGCAGGUAGGAGCUGGUUCCAGCCGCGGCCGCUAGAUGGCGUUAAA